AUGGACGGAUCUUGGGCUGACAUUUGUCGCCAAUGCGUCACGCUUGUGGUUGACGUGCCACCUGUCAUUCUGCUGGCUGCUUUUUCUGCUACUGCCCUCGGCUUGUUUGUUCUGUUCUAUAUCCUGUUAUCUCUCAUCGCCCCAAUUCCCCGCGCUCCUCUACCAGAAGAAAAGAAGUAUAGAACUCUGGCGAAAGAUGGAACGAUUACCAACCCCGAAGCUCUACCCUGCUGGGGCGACGCCCUGGCCCACAAAAAGCGAACCCAGUCCUCGGAGAAGAACCACAUCGAACAAGCAGAGCUAUUCAUGUCGGUCGUAGUCCCCGCUUACAACGAAGAAGAUCGACUCUCAGGCAUGCUCGAAGAAGCAGUCAACUACCUAGAACACAUGUACGGCACACUAGCCAGCGAGCAGGGAACAGAGGCCGUGGAAACCCGGUCCAUGCGAAAGCGGAAGCCGAACGGAGCUUCAAACGGUCACGCCACAGGCUCGGCAUCGGACCAAGGCUGGGAAAUCAUCAUUGUCUCGGACGGCUCAACGGAUCGUACCGAGGAGGUGGCGUUCCGCUUUGCGAAAGACCACCAGCUCUCUUUGCAUCCGAAGGGCUCUGCUGGGCCGUGGACACCCCAGGCACAAGAGGGCGUACAUAUCCCGCCUGGUACGAUCCGCGUGGUCAACUUGACACAUAACCGCGGGAAGGGUGGUGCAGUCACACAUGGUAUGCGUCAUGUUCGUGGAAAGUACGUUGUAUUCGCCGAUGCCGAUGGGGCGAGCAAGUUUGGUGAUCUCGGGAAGCUUGUAACGGCGUGUUCGGAGAUCGAAGAUGCCGAUGGGCGCGGCGUGGCUGUUGGAUCACGCGCGCAUAUGGUUGGAAGUGAGGCUGUGGUGCAGCGGUCUAAGUUGCGCAACUUUCUUAUGCACUCGUUCCACUUGAUCCUGUGGCUUAUGACGCCGCCCCGAACGGCUACUGUCAAGGAUACGCAGUGUGGAUUCAAGCUCUUCUCUCGCGCCGCACUGCCCUAUAUCGUGCCGUAUAUGCACUCCGAGGGCUGGAUCUUCGAUGUGGAGAUGCUCAUGUUAGCCGAGUUUGCUAACAUCCCUGUUGCCGAGGUGCCAAUUGGAUGGAGAGAGGUCAAGGGAAGCAAACUGAAUGUUCUGCGGGAUAGUAUCGGCAUGGCCUGGGGCCUGGCGCUUCUACGAGCCGCCUGGUCCUUGGGCAUCUAUAAACAAAAGUGA